AUGAAUCAAGGGGGGUUAUCCAUUUAUUCUACGGUCUCUGAUGUUGUUCAUGGGGCUAGUUGGGAAUGGCCGAUAGCGUGGAGGAAUGUCUUUCUGAUUCUCUUUAGGUUGAGGCUGGUUCAUCUGAACCCUUCUAAAACGGACGUGAUCAAAUGGAGAAAAGAGGAUGGUAAUCUUGAGGAAUUCUCUACUUCUUUAGCUUGGGAUGCUCUUAGGAAUCACGAAAUAGUACCUCCUUGGAAUAACUUGUCUCCUUUCUCUAUACCAAGGCAUGCGUUUUUGAUGUGGCUUGUUUUUAGACGAAAAUUGUCCACCCAGGAUAGAAUUCAGGAGUGGAAUUGGGCUUCAGGUUCAAUGGACCUCAUGUGUUGUCUUCUUUGUAAAAGGGAUAUGGAUUCUCAUAGUCACCUAUUCUUUGAAUGCUCUUACUCUAAUCAGAUCUGGUGCUCUGUUCGGAAAAAAGUAGGGAUGAAUCACAUUCAAGGCAAAUGGGAGGAUAUUGUUACAUGGCUGAUUCCGAUAUUGUCUUCUAAAUCAGCGCAUAUAGUGGCUGCCAAGCUAGUGUUAGUCGCGUCUGCUUACUACAUAUGGCAAGAGAGGAAUGCUAGAUUUUUGAAAAAUCAACUAAGGACGCCAGAGAAAGUGGAGGAGAUUAUUGUGGAGACGGUAAGACUAAAGCUGCAAGAAUGGAAGAUUACAUCCCAGGAUGUGUUUAUAGACGACUAG